AUGGAGGUCCACGAGAUAACACCGUCCGGCGCUCCGAGCCCGAGCCCGAGCCCGAGCCCGGGCCCAGAAGGCGUAUCCACUGCGCCAGCGCCGGACAUGCCGGUCAAGGGCAAGAGCCGACACCGUCUGAUCCAGCGAAUCCAGCGAAUAUCUUCAACGCCUUCAUUGAGUGGUCUGCGUCGCUCCAGGUCGGUUGGAAGCCGUGGGAGUCCUUACAGCACUCGAAGCACUCUCUCGUGUGUCAGUCUUGCGGCUACUGGUCCACCUCAGACCCCCUACAGCGCCCGCUCAUCGACCCCACAGCCCUCGCCUCUUGGUCUACCCAGCGCUUUGAGCUCAACCCCCCAAUCUUCAGGGGAGUUUCCAUUCGACACUCCUGAUGGUUAUUUGGCCAUUCGUAGGGUCGAAAAUGCGACUCCAACCACCACUCCUGGGACCGCCCCUCUCCCAUCCGAGUUUCGGUCUAAGCAGGACGUACAGAUUCGAACCCGACCUGGUGUAAAGCCUAUUCAGAAGCAACCAUUCCGUUUUUGGGACAAGAUGCCCAAUGAGCUUCAGAUUCACAUCUUCUCUUUCUUCCAGCCAAGAGAACUCGUCCAGGCAUCUCGAGUAUCCAAGGCCUUCUACAAGGCCUGCUUUGACGGUCAGCUGUGGACGUCCCUUGAUGCUUCGGAAUUUUAUCGCGAGAUUCCAGCCGAAUCUCUCGCCAGGAUUAUUGUUGCGGCUGGUCCCUUCAUCAAGGAUCUCAACCUACGAGGCUGCGUGCAGGUCGAACACUAUAAACGCACCGAGGUCAUUGUAAAGGCAUGCAAGAACCUCAUGAACGCAACCCUGGAAGGUUGCCAAAAUUUCCAAAAGAGCACGCUCCAUAGCUUGCUACGAAACAACGAGAAGCUUGUUAGCCUCAAUCUCACGGGGCUGACUGCGGUCUCAAACACAUCCUGCAAGAUCAUUGCCGAGUCCUGCCCUCAGCUUGAGACCUUCAAUAUUUCCUGGUGCGGCAGGGUAGAUGCUCGAGGUGUCAAGGCAGUUGUAGAGGCUUGCCCGAGAUUGAGAGAUCUUCGGGCCGGUGAAGUUGGAGGAUUCGACAAUGUGGCGACUGCCGAGGCUAUUUUCAACACAAACAACCUGGAGAGGUUGGUUCUGAGCGGGUGCGCCGAACUCAAUGACGACGCCCUCCAGAUCAUGAUGCACGGUGUCGAGCCUGAAAUCGAUAUCCUGUCUGAACGGCCCAUUGUGCCAGCCCGCAAACUUCGUCACCUCGACUUGAGCCGCUGUGUCCGACUCACAGAUGCAGGCGUGAAGGCGAUCGGUCAUCUUGUGCCUGACCUUGAGGGUCUGCAGCUCUCAGGCUGCAAGCUGUUGAAUGACGACGCUCUCGAGUCCAUUCUCGCUUCCACACCUCGGUUGACACACCUCGAACUCGAGGACCUCGAAAACCUCACCAAUUCUAUCCUGUCAGAGCAUCUUGCCAAAGCUCCUUGUGCAUCUUCGAUAGAGCAUCUCUCUCUUAGCUACUGCGAAAACUUGGGCGACACCGGGAUGAUUCCGGUUAUGCAAACCUGCACGAACCUUCAGAACGUCGACCUUGACAACACUCGAGUCAGCGACCUUGUCCUCGCCGAAGCAGCCGCAAUGGUCAUGAAACGCUCUGAACGAUCUAUCGAAACGGGAAAACGACCGAGACUGUCCCUCCAAAUGGUCGUUUACGAUUGUCAAAACGUGACCUGGACAGGUGUCCGUGAGGUCCUCUUCCGCAACACACAAGUCAAAGCUGUAUCAGGCCAACCUGGCCGAGUGAGCUACCCAACCGAGAUGAUAGGGCUUAAGUGCUUCUAUGGCUUCCAGAUGACCGUUGAUGAGCAUCAGAAGCGAGUCCUGCGUGGUGAUCUUGCGUCCGCUGGUCGCCUGGAGAGGAAAUGGGCAGACUACAUGCAGGCCACAGAAGAAGCAGGCAUGACAGGUGCAGGCUACCGAAGACGCAGGCGUCGAGCCAGAGAAGCCCAGGCCCUCCAUUUAGACGAAGAGGAUGGUGGUUUUGGUCCUACCGGCCGUCGGAGGGCACGCACCCUGGGCUCAUGCACUGUCAUGUAG